AUGGAACGUGGAGUACAAGUACUACACGAAAAGUGGCAGGGUGGGGUAACGGGGCCUGCAUCAGGAUUACAACAAGGGCAGAUUAUACCACCGCAGCAGCAGUCGUCAAAGCAGCAGAUGCCGCAGCAACAGAUGGAAGGUCAAAAAAUGCAACAGCAGCACAGGCAACAGCGGCAAAUGGAAAAGCGGCAGAUGCAACAGAAGCUUACACAGCAGAUGCCACAGAUUAGUCCACGACAGCAGCAUAUGCAGCAACAGCAAAUGCCACAGCAGUUUGCACCUACACACCAACUUCUAGAACAAGAUGAGCCUGCUGAUGCAAGACCAUCGGAGUCUGGAGUCAGGCGCACGAUAUUGACACGCAACAGAAACUACAACCAGCAGGGGAAGUAUAGAGGAGUGAGGAAGCGUGGGGCGUCCAGCUUCAUUGCAGAGAUUAAAGAUACCACUCAUGGGGUCCGCAGGUGGCUGGGCACGUUUUCAUCUGCAGAGGAGGCUGCCCGGGCGUUUGACGAAGCUGCUUUCAACAUCCGAGGACCAAAGGCGAAGCUUAACUUUCCAGAAGAAUAUAUCAGGGAAGAGGGAGGAAUUCUGGAUGAUUCUAAUCCUGCAGAGCUCGAAGCAGCAGCUAAGAUGGAGACGGCGGGAAGGAAGGCUGGUGGUGAGAGUAGUGGCCCGGGAAUGCUGAAGGAUGGGGCGUCCCUAAGAACGGCUGGAGGAGGCAAGUGUAGUCGCGCUGGAGGGAAAGGGAAAGAAGCAGCACGUGAUGAAGAUGCUGCAAAAGGGAGAUGGGUGGUCGUGGACGGGGAGAAGGAGGAGGGGGAGGAAGAGGAGGAGGAGGAGGAGGAGGAGGAGGAGGAGGAGGAGGAGGAGGAGGAGGAGGAGGAGGAGGAGGAGGAGGGGGAAGAACAGCAGCAGCAGCAGCAAGAGUAA